AUGAAGUCUAAGCACUAUGGUCCCCAGAACCCAAGUUAUACAGUCAUGACCUUCCACCCAACCACGGAAGAAUUCAAGGAUUUCAACAAAUAUAUUGCUUACAUGGAAUCCCAAGGCGCACACCGAGCAGGCCUCGCUAAGGUGAUUCCACCCAAGGAAUGGAAAGCCAGACAGACCUACGAUGAUAUCAGUGACAUCUUAAUAGCCACUCCCCUCCAGCAGGUGGUCUCCGGCCAGGCAGGUGUGUUUACUCAAUACCAUAAAAAGAAGAAAGCCAUGACAGUGGGGGAGUAUUGCCAUUUGGCAAACAGCAGAAAGUAUCGAACUCCACCACACUCGGAUUUUGAGGACUUGGAGCGAAAAUACUGGAAAACCCGUCUCUACGAUUCUCCGAUCUAUGGCGCUGACAUCAGCGGCUCCUUGUUUGACGAAAACACGGAAGAGUGGAACCUCGGACACCUGGGAACCAUUCAGGACCUGCUGGAGCAGGAGUGCGGCGUGGUCAUCGAGGGCGUCAACACCCCCUACCUGUACUUUGGCAUGUGGAAGACCACCUUCGCCUGGCACACGGAGGACAUGGACCUUUACAGCAUCAACUACCUGCACUUCGGGGAGCCCAAAACUUGGUACGCGGUGCCCCCAGAGCACGGCCAGCGCCUGGAACGCCUGGCCACGGAGCUCUUCCCGGGCAGCGCCCGCGCCUGCGAGGCCUUCCUGCGGCACAAGGUGGCUCUCAUCUCGCCCACCGUCCUCAAGGAUAACGGGAUCCCCUUCAGUCGGAUCACGCAGGAGGCUGGCGAGUUCAUGGUGACGUUUCCCUAUGGCUACCACUCUGGCUUCAACCAUGGCUUCAACCAUGGCUUCAACUGCGCAGAAGCCAUCAACUUCGCCACCCCGCGCUGGAUCGAUUAUGGCAAGGUGGCCUCCCAGUGCAGCUGCGGGGGGGCCCGGGUCACCUUUUCCAUGGACGCCUUCGUGCGCAUCCUGCAGCCCGAGCGCUAUGAGCUGUGGAAGCGCGGGCAGGACCGGGCUGCCGUGGACCACACGGAGCCCGCGGCGCAGGGCAGUCGGGAGCUGCGCGCCUGGAGGGAGGUGCGCGCCCCCGGGAGAGCCGCGCUGGGCCUGAGGCACCUCCCCCCGCGCCGGGCCCCGCGCGCCCCGCGACCUGUGGCCGCUGGCCGGGGCACCCGCCGCCGCACCGCUCUGCGCCCGGCCUCCGCGCGCCCCUUGCCCGCGCAGAGCUCUUCCUCUGAUGCCCAGUCCGGGGCUGUCCCCGCCCGCACCUCCCGGGAGUCUGGCCCCACCCGGCCACCGCCCCCCAACCCCUCUGCCCCAGAUCUCCAGCCGCCCACCGGCAGGCGUGGUCCUCCUGGUCGUCGUCCUCGGGAACAGGGUGCUCAGGGGCCUAGCAUCCAGGCCCGGGCCAAGAGGCGCCUGUCGGUGGGAACAGGGCACGCAGCUCAGCACUGCAAGGCUCAGCCCCUUCCUGUGGAUGGAGGCUGGAUGGACAAGCCCGCACUACCGAACCCCGGAUUCCAGGUUCAUUUUGAGGCUUCUGGGUGCUGUUGUGAUCCUGAUCUUCAACCCUUAGGGCCCCCAAUAGAUACUGAUAAUCCGAUGCACCCUGGCCCGUGCCUGCUAUCCCUGGACAGUAUUACAGUCAGCUUCUCUGACAGUGUUCCUCUGGCUCCUGCAAAUGGAACUCAGAGAAGAUUCCCCAGGCAUGCUGAUGGGGACUGCGGGGCCCCUCUGACCCUCUCUGAGGUUGUAAUGAUAGACCACACUUAUGCCUCUGUGAAGCCGACCCCAGCUCCAGUUGCCAGCAUCUCUUGCAUCCCUGACUGUGAUCCUCUGGGAUUGAAGCCAGAGACUGCUGCCCUUUUUGAAUCCUGGUAUGUGUUCAGCCCUGAUGGAAGAUCUUCAGCCUUCGAGCUGUGGACUUUUGAAGAUUUUGCCCAAUAUGGCUGUAUCUGA